GACGUCAUUGAAAUAAAUGGACCUAUCUCGGAUGCCGUACUAAACCCGGACAGGAUGUGGCUUUGAAUUAUGUUACCAGAAUGUGUUAGCUAAGAACAACGACUUGUAAGCAUAAUGACAAAAACAUGUUCCCCCAAGAAAAAAUAGCUUUUGUAUCAAAGUAGAGGAUCGUGGCGGGGAUGUGGCUACGUUAUGGGAAACGUUUUCGGGAGAAAGAGUCGCCCUUCUCGAGUUACAGAACAAGACCGAGCGAUUCUGCAACUGAAACAGCAGAGAGAUAAACUGAAGCACUACCAGAAGAGAGUCACCCUGCAGCUGGAGAAGGAGAGGAGUCUGGCCAAGCAGCUGCUGAAGGAUGGAAAGAAAGAGAAGGCACUGGUUCUUCUCAAGAAGAAGCGUUAUCAGGAUCAACUGCUAGACAAGACUGAGAACCAGAUAUCAAACCUGGAACGCAUGGUUCAAGACAUUGAGUUUGUCCAGAUCGAGAUGAAAGUCAUUGAGGGGCUGAAGGUUGGAAAUGACUGUCUGAAGAGUAUGCAUGAGGCCAUGUCACUAGAGGACGUGGAGAGGAUCAUGGAUGAGACCCAGGAUGCUAUAGAAUACCAGAGGCAAAUAGAUGAGCUGCUGUCAGGCUCCCUGACUCAGGAGGAUGAGGAUGCUGUGCUAUCUGAGCUGGAGGCUAUCACUCAGGGAGAAGAUGUAGAACUUCCAGAGGUCCCCACUGAGCCUCUACCAGAGGUUCCAGAACCAGCUGAGACAGAGCCAGAGAGAAGACCAGCAAGGAACAAGGAGAACAGAGAGAUGCUGGCAGCGUAGAGACAAGACUCAACAAUAACAACAGUAGCUGGAGCUAGUCCAACUGACUCAAUAACAGUAGCAGCUGUGGAUGGAGUUAGUCCAACUGACUCAAUAACAGUAGCAGCUGUGGAUGGAGUUAGUCCAACUGACUCAAUAACAACAACAGUAGCUGUGGAUGGAGUUAGUCCAACUGACUCAACAACAACAACAGUAGCUGUGGAUGGAGUUAGUCCAACUGACUCAAUAACAACAACAGUAGCUGUGGAUGGAGUUAGUCCAACUGACUCAACAACAACAACAGUAGCUGUGGAUGGAGUUAGUCCAACUGACUCAACAACAACAACAGUAGCUGUGGAUGGAGUUAGUCCAACUGACUCAACAACAACAACAGUAGCUGUGGAUGGAGUUAGUCCAACUGACUCAACAACAACAACAGUAGCUGUGGAUGGAGUUAGUCCAACUGACUCAACAACAACAACAGUAGCUGUGGAUGGAGUUAGUCCAACUGACUCAACAACAACAACAGUAGCUGUGGAUGGAGUUAGUCCAACUGACUCAACAACAACAACAGUAGCUGUGGAUGGAGUUAGUCCAACUGACUCAACAACAACAACAACAGUAGCUGUGGAUGGAGUUAGUCCAACUGACUCAACAACAACAACAGUAGCUGUGGAUGGAGUUAGUCCAACUGACUCAACAACAACAACAACAGUAGCUGUGGAUGGAGUUAGUCCAACUGACUCAACAACAACAACAACAGUAGCUGUGGAUGGAGUUAGUCCAACUGACUCAACAACAACAACAACAGUAGCUGUGGAUGGAGUUAGUCCAACUGACUCAACAACAACAGUAGCUGUGGAUGGAGUUAGUCCAACUGACUCAACAACAACAACAACAGUAGCUGUGGAUGGAGUUAGUCCAACUGACUCAACAACAACAACAACAGUAGCUGUGGAUGGAGUUAGUCCAACUGACUCAACAACAACAACAACAGUAGCUGUGGAUGGAGUUAGUCCAACUGACUCAACAACAACAACAGUAGCUGUGGAUGGAGUUAGUCCAACUGACUCAACAACAACAACAACAGUAGCUGUGGAUGGAGUUAGUCCAACUGACUCAACAACAACAACAGUAGCUGUGGAUGGAGUUAGUCCAACUGACUCAACAACAACAAUAUCAACAGUAGCUGUGGAUGGAGCUAGUCCAACUGACUAGUCCAAUUGACUCAACAACAACAAUAACAGUAGCUGUGGAUGGAGUUAGUCCAACUGACUCAAUAACAACAACAACUGUGGAUGGAGUUAGUUCAACUGACUUAAUAACAACAGUAGCUGUGGAUGGAGUUAGUCCAACUGACUCAACAAUAACAACAGUAGCUGUGGAUGGAGCUAGUCCAACUGACUCAAUAACAGUAGCAGCUGUGGAUGGAUCUAGUCCAACUGACUCAACAAUAUCAACAGUAGCUGUGGAUGGAGCUAGUCCAACUGACUCAAUAACAGUAGCAGCUGUGGAUGGAUCUAGUCCAACUGACUCAAUAACAACAACAGUAGCUGUGGAUGGAGCUAGUCCAACUGACUCAAUAACAACAACAGUAGCUGUGGAUGGAGUUAGUCCAACUCACUCAAUAACAACAACAGUAGCUGUGGAUGGAGUUAGUCCAACUGACUCAACAACAGUAGCUGUGGAUGGAGUUAGUCCAACUGACUCAACAACAACAAUAUCAACAGUAGCUGUGGAUGGAGCUAGUCCAACUGACUCAACAACAACAACAGUAGCAACAGUAGCUAUGGAUGGAGCUAGUCCAACUGACUCAAUAACAACAACAGUAGCAACAGUAGCUAUGGAUGGAGUUAGUCCAACUGACUUAAUAGCAACAACAGUAGCAACAGUAGCUAUGGAUGGAGCUAAUCCAACUAACUCAACAACAACAACAUCAACAGUAGCUAUGGAUGGAGCUAGUACAACUAACUCAAUAACAACAACAGUAGCAACAGUAGCUAUGGAUGGAGCUAGUCAUCAUGCUGGUCUCUCACUGGAUGGAGGAGCAGAAUCCAUCCAUCCAGACUCACUCUGCUGGGCUGUCCAGUCCCUGAUCCCCCCCUCUGUCUCAUAGAAUGGAGUGCAGGUACAGAAGUACACAUUCCUCUUCGUAAAAACGUUAUUGUCCCAACGCUGAACAAUAUGAUUUGUAGCAAAAACAGGAACAAAUGUGUACACACACAGAUGUGUACAAGCAGACACACACACACCCCGUGGCCUAGGAGAACAUUAGUGCUGAAGUCUCCUCUGGUCCCCGAGGCCAAGGAGAACAUUAGUGCUGAAGUCUCCUCUGGUCACCGAGGCCUAGGAGAACAUCUGUGCUGAAGUCUCCUCUGGUCACUCUGUUUGUAAUGAUGAAUUAAACACUAAAGGGAAAAUGAUUGCCGUCUCUCAGUAUAUGGUUUGGAUUGAUUGGUAACAUGUUGUCACUGUACAAAUUCCUUUAUAAUUCACACGACUGAAAAAUGAAGUGAGACGUAACCGAAGAUAAUGUCAUUUUAAAACCCUUGUUCUCCAUAAUUAAAAGGCAGAGCUUUGAUUUACAGACAA